AGUUGUUUAUCUCACACAAAAAAAAAAAUUUACUUCCUAAUAAUCAAAAGUGCUACGCUUGUCACGAAGCGCUGCUGAUAGCAGCUGCGGGCGUCCGUCCACUUGAAGCUAAGAACCGAAGCGUUCUGUUCUGAAGUCAGUAGUAAUUAGCAACGCAACGCUGGCAAGCCCAAGACGACAAAGAUGUCCACUAAUUGGCGUGAAUUGUUCCCCACCCGACUUACUUUCAUCAUAUUUCUGCUGUAUAUGUCACUUUUCAUAGGACAGGGAAUCUUUGUCACAGCAUCCCAAGAGUCCAACAACUCGUAUGGCUAUAACACUGUAACCGUUGUGCUAUUGACGGAAGUGUUCAAAUUGAUAGUGUCCACAUGCCUGUAUUGCAGAGACAACAAUCUGCGUUCUCUGGUGCGCGAUGUGCACAAAGACAGGAAUGUGCUGGCCUUGUACAUGGUGCCCGCAUUCCUAUACUGCCUCUACAACAAUCUCGCUUUCGUCAACCUAGCCACGUUCGAUCCCACCACGUAUUAUCUACUGCUGCAGCUGCGCGUUGUCGUCACGGGCAUUCUCUUUCAAAUCAUAUUCAAGAAGUAUUUAUCUCAACGCCAAUGGAUAUCGCUGAUACUGCUCACCCUCGGCUGCAUGCUCAAGCAGGUUGAUUUCAGCGGCUUUUACAGCGAUGCCAACGACGACAGCGAGUCUGCGGCCAUCCAGCCCAUACCAUCCAACGGCAAUCACACCGCUGAGCAUCACCAAGUGCAUGGCAAAAACAUGUCUGGCUUUGAUUUCAGCCUUAGUGCUGUAUUCAUCCUGGCCCAGACGAUAUUCUCCUGCCUUGCGGGUGUCUACAACGAAUACCUACUCAAGGACAAGGGUGCAGAUGUCAACAUCUUCGUGCAGAAUGUGUUCAUGUACCUUGACUCGAUUGUUUGCAAUGCGGGCAUCCUUCUGCUGCGUGGCGAGCUGCUGGACGCCUUCAGCCCACAAAAUUUGGGCGCCAUUAUGCGCUUCAGUGUCAUCAUCAUCAUUGUGAAUAAUGCAGCCAUUGGGAUUGUCACCAGCUUCUUCCUGAAGUACAUGAACUCAAUUCUAAAGACUUUUGCCAGUGCCCUGGAGCUGCUCUUCACGGCUGUGCUGUGCUAUUUUCUGUUCUCCAUACCCAUCUACAUGAACACCGCGCUGGCCAUAGCGGUCGUCUCCUAUGCCAUCUAUUUGUAUACCCAAAGUCCAGUUGUCAAUCUGGGCAAGGUGCGUCCAUUGUCCAGUCUGAGCGAGGCAUCCUCCAAGUCUACAGCCUAUGACAAACGAAAGCUCCUCGACGAGGAGGGUGACAGCGAUCUGGAAAUGGACAUGGUGUAGUGCUAGUAGCUAGUCCUAGACAUAGGUUUAAAUUGUAAAUAUCCUCAUCUAACUGUGCUUCUUGUGGAAAAGUGCCUCUAACUGUUUUGAAAAGACGCGAGCAUGCAUUUGACUCUAGGCUUUGUGCAAUCAAUGCAGAUUCAAUCAACGACGGACAGACGAAUGUCUGUGCUUGUAAAUACCAAAA